CCUCCCCCUAGCUUCCGCUUCCUACGCUCACACUUAUGGCUUCGGGCUGUCCCUCUGAGGACAUGGAGGUGACGGGAGGCUGCGAGCAUUACAGUCGGGGCUGCCAACUAAGGGCCCCUUGCUGUGGAAAGUUUUAUACCUGCCGCCUAUGCCAUGACAGCAAAGAAUCGCACAAGAUGGACCGCUUUAAUGUCACACAAGUUCAGUGCAUGAAAUGUAAAUUUGUACAAAAGGCUCAGCAAACAUGUGAGCAAUGCCAUGCGGUAUUUGGUGAUUAUUACUGCAAUAUAUGCCAUCUAUUUGAUAAGGACAAGAAGCAGUAUCAUUGUGAUGGAUGCGGUAUAUGCAGGAUUGGUCCUAAAGAGGAGUUUGAACAUUGUACGAAAUGUAAUUUAUGUUUACCACUGAGCCUCAGAGGAAACCAUAAGUGUAUAGAAAAUGUAUCACGGCAAGACUGUCCAAUAUGCUUAGAGGACAUACAUACCUCUCGUGUAGGUGCACGUGUCCUACCUUGUGGCCAUCUUCUUCACAGUGUGAUCCAACAUAUCCGUCAAGUUAUUGUAAGCACGUGUUAUGAGGACAUGCUAAAACAAGGGUACAGAUGUCCCUUGUGUAUGCGGUCUGCUCUGGAUAUGACCAGGUACUGGCGUCAGCUGGAUGAUGAAGUAGCUCAGACCCCAAUGCCUUCUGAAUAUCAGAAUAUGACCGUUGAGAUCCUAUGCAAUGACUGCAGCUCCAGAUCCACAGUGCCGUUUCACAUUUUAGGAAUGAAAUGUGAAAGUUGUAGUUCAUAUAACACUGCACAAGAAGGGAAGACACUGACACAGUCAGCCAGGGAAUGACCUACAAGAAACCAUUACUGUCAUGGCUUUUGAAAGUAAAGUCUUCUGAACCAGCAGUGGGAAUACUGGCCUUUUGCUUCAUUUGGAGUCGUCCCUUAUAUUGUGUUCAGUACAUUGUAGCAUUUUCAUAAUGGUACAUAAAAAUAAGGUUUAUUUUCUUUCUUGAAUCUCCUUUAAAAUAAAUAUUUAUUCAAAAAUUUCA